AUCCUGGUCAUCAACAUCUGGAGGGCUUUUUCCUGUCUGCUAAGAAGUAGUGAGCUGGAAGCUGGAUCUAUUGCAAACUGCACUGGUAAUGAGAUCCAGAGUUCCUGUUUAAAGUACAAGCAGUUGCACCCCCUUUUCACUGUCCAGUUCUCCCUUAUUUCCUUCAUUUUUAUACCCCUGCAUUACUCCUGUCCUCCCUUUUCUGUAACAAUUGUUUGUUUGUCUGGUCCAAGUUAGCCACCACCAGUAUUUGCCCUCUUCUACUCUACUUAAAUUUGAUAGUCAACUUAACACUCACGUUCCCUCACGUACAGUCUCCUCCACUGCCUCCUCCUCCCCUUCUGCUUCGUCUUUACUGACUUCUUGCUCUGCACCACAUCUGACAAGCACGUGCUGUAGAAAGUUUCCUCUCCCCUGUGCCCCUUUAGGAAGCCUCGCAAAAUUAUCUCGACCGAGAGGGACUUCAGACAAAGUAGGAGAACGGGCUAGAGACAGACAAAGAGAGGUACAGGAGAAAGAAAGGGAGGACAGUGAGAUAAGAGAGAGCAACAUGAGAGAUCAUGAGGUGCAGCAGAAAUGCAGAGAUGUGGUGAACACUCAAGCAGUUUGAGUGUGCUUGAGAGAAAAAAAAGGAGAGAGAAAAAAGUUAGAAAGAGGUAGAAAAAAAUGAUGAGAAGAAAGAAAGGGAGUACAGCCAACUGGCAUAGUUUAAGUUAUUCAGCUCAGCUCUAAAAGUCUCAGGCUGCCCAGACUCCAAACCACAAGGUCCAAGGUCCUCUCUGCUCUCUCUACAACUGCAAUAUGGAGGGUCUAUAAAAGGAGGAGAGUUGGAUUCAGGGAGCUCGAGAGUGCAGCGCUGUUAAGAGGCAUUGUUUUGUCUUGCUGUGGAUUUUGGUAUCCGUUCAUCCUCCUUGAUGCUUUAUAGCAAUGGCUAUAUUCUGUUAAUAUCUAAUAUUAAGAGCCAGACCUACAGUACAAUGGGCCUGCAGAAUGGAGUACGAUAUUGAUUUCUACAAACAUUUUGCCUGGCUUAGGAAGGUAAACCUCCAUUCAUCCUGCAACAGUGAGUCCUACCAGGAGCGGUUAUCACGUCUGGAGGGAGACAAAGAGUCAUUAAUUCUGCAGGUGAGUGUGCUGACAGACCAGGUAGAGGCUCAGGGGGCCAAGAUCAGCGAUCUAGAGAGUUCUCUGGUGGCGCAUCAGCACAAACUCGACUCCACAGAGGAGAUGCUACAGCAGGAGCUCCUGCAUAGGACGUCACUGGAGAACCAGAAGCUGAGUCUUAUGGGGGAGGUGUCCUACCUGAAAAUAAAGCUCACAGACAUGGAGGGAAAACACGGCCAUGGGGCUGAAAGGCAGCACAAAGCAGAGAUUGUAGUGAAUUUUAUUAGUGAGCUGCAGGAGCAGAUGUGUAAGUUUCAGAAGGAGAUCAAUAGCAAGAUCCAGGAGAAAAAGGCCUUGGAGAUCCCGGCUGACAGCAGCUCUCCAGUGGCGUGCCCUGCUGAGUCCACUGAUGGCCAGGGCUCAAAGCCCGGGCCGUCCUGUGACAGAACCUUAGGGGUGAUGCACAAACUAGAAGAGGCUCCAGAUGGGCCUGAUGGGAACACACACAGCCUGGGAGACGGUAGCUCAGAUGCAGAGCAGCAGUACCACUGUGGAGGAAAAAGUGGCUUACUUAAGGAGCUCAGGAUUCUCAAGGACAAAGUGGAGUACCUGGAGGAUCAGAAGCUACAGUAUGAGAAGAAACUCAAAGCAACAAAGGCAGAGAUCAGCAGCCUUCAGCAGCUUCUGCUCAGUAAGAACGCUGAGAUCGAGAGCUUGCACACUCAGCUGCUGGCCAGACCCUCUCUAUCCCCUGAGAGCUCGGAGAGAGAGGAGAUGUACAGGAAGAGGCUAAACACCAAAUAUCAGGAACUGCAGAAGCUUAGGAGUGGAAUGAAAUCACUGGUAGCUGCCAAUGAUGAAAAGGACCGACGUAUUGAAGAGCUCACUCUGCUCCUGAAUCAGUGCAGGCAAUUCAGAGAGGUCACUCACACCAUAAGGCAAGCUCCACCUGCUGUUCGUUCACUGUCAAAUGGUAGGACUCUGUCAAGCAGCAGUGAGGAAGAAGAGCAUGGACUGAUGAAGAACACUGACUCUGCCAGUGCAAAAUCUGAGGAUGUAAAGUCUGAAGUAUCACAGGUUUCCACAAACAGCUCUUCCUCCCAACAAACAUCUCUUUCAUCAGUCCAGAAGGACAGUGAUUCCAGGACAGAACCACAGACUUUAUCAAGUAGCAUGAAUGACCUAACAAAUGGACCUUUACAAAAGAGUGGUCUGGGUGACAGCAGAAGUCAGACGCUGCCUGUGAAUUCCUCUCUGUCAGAGCCGAAUGGGAUCGGAGACAGCAGCAGUGCAAUCCAGAGUCAAAAGUCUCCAGAUGGGAGUGAAGAUGGAGACUCCAGCCAAAGAAAGUUGGAGAAAGUUUAUGACAGCACUUCAAGCAAUAAUUCCCCUGUUCAUUCUGGAGCUAACACACAGCCUGGCCAGCGAGCUGUGGGCUCACCAGAGUACAUGAAGAAUAACAGAAGCUUCAAGAGACUCUGGGGAAAACUUCGAAGAACCCAGUCUGGAGGGCUCCAGGCAGCAGAUCCAGAUGCCGGUCAGUUUAGAAGAGGUGGACUGCGUGCGACAGCAGGACCCAGACUGACCCGGACCCCCGAAUCUUAUGACCCUGCACGUGAUAUGAAUAUUCCAUUCAGCCAGUGGACCAAGGAGCAGGUGUGUGGCUGGCUAGAGGACUAUGGACUGGGCCAGUAUGUUAAUCUCACCAGACAGUGGGUUGAAAACGGACAGACACUGCUGUCUGCCACACCUCAGGACUUUGAGAAGGAAAUGGGUAUGAAGAAUCCACUGCACAGGAAGAAGCUGCAGCUUGCUCUGAGUGCAUUCACCACUAAAGUUAUAGAGAAAUCGUCAGAGCUGGACUACAUCUGGGUCACCCGCUGGUUGGAUGAUAUUGGUUUGCCUCAGUAUAAAGACCAAUUCCAUGAAGCUCGAGUAGAUGGUCGAAUGAUACAAUACCUCACAGUGAAUGACCUCUUGACUCUAAAGGUCACCAGCCAGCUUCAUCAUCUCAGUAUUAAAUGUGCCAUCCAUGUCCUUCAUGCCAACAAAUUCAACCCCAACUGUCUUCGACGUAGGCCAGGGGAAGAGAGACAGCCCUCUCCCUCAGAGGUGGUGCAGUGGUCUAACCAUCGUGUGAUGGAGUGGCUAAGAGCAGUGGAUCUAGCUGAAUAUGCUCCUAAUCUGCGGGGCAGCGGCGUUCAUGGUGGGCUGAUUAUCCUUGAGCCUCGCUUCAGCUCAGAGACUUUGGCCCUGCUGUUAAAUAUUCCUCCACAGAAGACUUUGCUCCGCCGCCACCUCGCCACCGCCUUCUCUGCCCUGGUGGGGACUCAGGCUACGCAGGAGAAGCGAGAGUAUGGCAAUGCCACAGGCCAUGUGCCCCUCACCACCACUGCUAAAGUAAAGCCAAAGAAGCUGGGCUUCACCCAAUUCAGUCACCUCAGAAAGAGGAAACCUGAUGAAUCUGCAGAUUAUAUCUGCCCAAUAGACAGUGGAGCACUGACAGUGAAUGGGGUUUCUCGCUUGCCCUCUGCAGCACUUAGGGGCCUCAGCCCCAGCUUGGACAGACAGGCUGAGAGGCGGGAGCUGGUGCGGAUAAAACCUCAGGCUAAUGGCCCAAAACAAUAAUUCAGAAAAUACAGUAGGAAACUCCACCCUCUCCACCACACUCCCCUCUCACCCACUAAGUGAUUUAUCAGUGGAAAAUUCUAAUGCAGAACUGUACCCAAGAUGAAUCCAUGUGGUGAUUUGCUGGAUGGGCUGCAAAGAUGCUGUGUUUCGCAGGUGAUGUUAAUUGUCGUUAAUGUAUUUUAAACCAGAUGUUACUUAAAGAAUAUUCAUCUAAAAUGGUGAUGAAUAGUGACAUUGUGUGAAUUGUUUUAUGAAAGCUGCUCUCUGCAUUCCUUAUACAGUUGGAUUCCAAAGCUUAUACUUUAGCUUUAAAACAAUGCAUUUACCUGACCAUUUUGUAUUUAAACUUCUGAAGAUUUAGUUAUAAUACUGAUGACCGUUUCUUCUUAUAUAUUUGGAUUGACUGUACAGUAUAAUAGCUGACGCCAGUUACUUUAAGAAGGUUUCAUUCAUUUUCUGUAUGACUGAUAAAAAAACCCCGCAAUUUAAAUAAUUUUGUUUCUACAUGGUACACUUACUCUUCAACACCUUCAAAUUAGGCUUGUUGGUAUACUUUGGGAUUUUCCUGCCCAUAUGUUGCCUUGUUUUAUGAGAUCUUUGUGAAUAUGCAGUAAUAUAAUAAACAUCAGGUCAACAGUUAGUCUUGUUGGAAUUUUUUGAGAAGAAGAAAAAAAAGACCUAACCGAACUAUUAGUCUCCAUCAAAGCAAAUGCUUUUGCUGCCAUCGGGUGCUUAAAUGCUUACUGUUGUCUCUGAACAGCUUGAUCAUAUUUACAGAUGUAGUUUUAAGUUGUGAGACUUUUUAAUUGCACAUGCAAAUGAUUAGCAUUGUUGCAGUAUAUUUGAGUGUGUGGUGGCAGUUUUGUGUGUGUGGUGCCAGGACUUUUAAUGUUUUAGGAUGACAUCACUUCCUGAGGAUGGAUCUUAGGACCUUGAAUGGGCAAUUGAUCCAAGACUGCCCACUACUGGUUAAAAAAUAAAAAAAUGCAGGAAUGCUUGGCACCCCACUAUUGUACAGGAGGUUUGGUCUGUUCCAGCCCAGGUUCUUUAAAGUGGAAGAGCCUGAAUAGCUGCUUUAAUGUAGAUGACAAGACUGAAAUGGAUCCUGGUUUGAUUUGGUUGGUGUUAAUUUAAAUAAAUGAAUCAAACAAUGAAUGAUCCUCUUGUUGGUGAAUAAUGACAGCUUCGAUUUAAAUUGGGUUGUUUUUACACAGUUGAAAAGUUUGUUUAUAGUAUAGAAAAAAAAGAAAGAUACAUUACCAACUUCACCGAAACAUAAUCUGGUGUUUAGGAGCAUUUCCUGCUUAUAGAGAGGCAGUUAUAGACAGUCAUGGUCCAGUGAAUGUUGUUGACCCCAAAAAGAUUUUCUGUGGUUUGUUUGUAUAAUCAAAAGGAUGUAACACAAUAUAUAGCUUAAAUUUUAAACCAUUUUCAACUAUUUCUGACUAUCUCAGAAAAAAAUAACAAACAUGAUAGAUCCUAGUACAAAGUACCAUGUCUAUGCCCCUUUGCAUUUUUCAUGAUGGACAAGUAAAAGACAAGGAAAUAAUUCUGACAAUUUCAUUGUUCAACUACAACCAAGUGCCAUGUUGUGUAUUGCAUUUUUGGUCUUCAAAAUAAAUAACUGUCUUCAUGAGUGGGUCACAUCAAAUAAAGGAGCUCCGGAUUGUGUUGCACCCCUUUAACCUCUGGCUAAUUCUUUGGACUGAAGCGAAAGGGUAGAGUGGUGGUGAUAUGGCAUCUCUUAACAUACUGUAACUCAAAGGCCAAAUGAAAUGUAGCAGAUACGAUAGCCUUGAUUAGUGCUAAAUUUGCCUAUGGCUUGCUAUUUGCAUGCUUUUAACUAAUAUCCACUUCAUCUAAUACCACUGUAUUAUAAUUGUUAUGCAGUUACUGUAUUUGCCAAAUGAGAUAGACAUGGUAUUGGUAAGAAUAUUUCAUUUCUACAGACUAAGUGCUGUAAUGAUACAAAGUCUCAAUAAACGGCACCAUGUGGGAGUGUUUUUUUUUUUUUUUUUUUUUUUUACAAUUUCAGUCCUAAUGAAUCUACUAGGAUUCUGCUGGCGUGUCUGGAAGUGUGGCAGACAGGGCAGCAGUCAGCUCCCCUCUGAACCCUCUUGCAGAAGCACACAGCCUCAAUUAGACCAAACACAAUAAUUAGGGAAUCUUUUACCUCUGCAUAUCAUUAGUUCCCUAACGGAGAACAUCCUGAUCAAUGAUUACAAAUGAAAGGUUCAUAAAUAAAUUAGUCCUGCUGAUAAGUGUGUAACACUGCUCAAUUGAUCCAUGUUAAAUGGAAAUUAGGGGGCUGCAGGAGUGAGGAUUGGGAUAGUGGGUUUUGCAAAUGUAAAAGUCUGAAAUACAAAGGAGGUAAUUGUGAUAUAUGAAUGUUUUUUUCUUAAUGAUUGGGAAGUAACUGCUGUAUGUGAUAAAAGGCAGCAUAAAUGCUGAUGAAAAGGUAUUUUAAAAAUGUAUUCUUAUUUUAAACCAGCAGAUGUCAGUGUUGCCUGUGGAUAUGUCGUGCCAUAAAGACUACCAGCGCUAAACCUUCACAGUUUACUCUGAGGUGCACCACUGAGUAUUUAGAUAUAAAAAAGCUUCUUUGUCUUUCAGCCAUUCUGCAUUAUUGUUUAAUUUCCCCUUUUUGUACUGUAGGUAUUUGUUAGUGAGGGGUAACACUGUGACACUGCUUCGGCCCCUAAUUUACUAUAAGAGCGCGUGGCCUGUUGGACCGCAUUACUACAUUUGUAAUUACACUUUGAGCUGGACAGAUUGGAACAUGGGAAUCAUUCCAGCGCAAAGGACAUGAGAGGAUGUUACAUCAUUAAUCAGAUACUGGGCUCAGUCUCAGGUGGUUCCAAAUUAGAGUUCUGGAGUUUGUGUAUUGGUCAGGUGGGUGAUGGACUGUCCAGGAUUAGAAACAGAAUUGAAUAAUAUUAUAUGCACUUUUAGACUGUUAAAUAGUCAGAAUACAAAUUAUCACUUUCAAGAAUACAAACAGGCAUGCAUUAAAGCAUUAAAAAAACUGUAAAUAUA